AUGUUAUACAAAUCAAUUGCCAACUUAUUCUCAUCCUCAUCCUCCUCAGUCUCCCAAACCGUCUCUGGUCAAACUGGAUCAAAGAUGAUGCAAUCUGGAAACCAAACUGCUUUGUUGGAUCUCACUGCUACUGAUAUUGAUGUCCUUAACAGAACCGUCUACAUCCCAUGUUUGGAAGUCCACCUCUAA